AUGUCAUCUUCUCAGCCACAAUCUAAAUCGCCCCACAAGAUCGUAGUGGGGCUGACCAUGACCACGUUGCACAACCCCCCAACCAACGGCGCAACAGCAUCCGCCGUCAAACCACCAUUCUUCGAUGUCAACGACCCCAAACCAGUUCGCUAUGGCGUACUACUCUUCCCAGGCUUCCAGGCACUCGACGUCUUCGGCCCACUCGACGUCUUCAACUCACUCGCCAUGCUCUACAGUUUCCCCACGAAACUAACAAUGCUUGCCAAAACGUCCGAUCCGGUCGAAACCUCGCAUCAAAGAGCCGGCAACACCAUGUUUUCGCACCCGGAAACGGACGUCUCGCAAAGCAUGAUUGUGAACCGUACGUUUGCGCAGCAGCUCGAGCUGCAAGACGGGACUGAAGCCGAGGCCAUUGACGUUCUGAUUGUACCUGGGGGAGUGGGGACCCGUGGCGAUAUGAGCACCGAGAUUGAUUUCGUAAAGCGUAUUUACCCUAAUUUGAAGGCUGUCUUGUGCGUGUGUACUGGGGCGACUAUCUUGGCGCGCGCGGGUAUCCUGGAUGGACGCAGAGCUACUACUAACAAACGCGCGUUUGCGUGGGCAACGAGCACGGGACCGGACGUGAAAUGGGUUCCGGAAGCGCGAUGGGUUGUAGAUGGCAACAUUGUGACUGGGUCUGGGAUCAGUGCCGGUAUCGAUGCUACGUAUGCUUUCGUGGCGUUGAACUAUGGCGAGACGAUUGCACAGGAAUUGGCUGAUUGCGCGGAAUAUGUGCGCUGGAUGGAUCAGGAUCAUGAUCCUUUUGCGAAGAGGUGGAAAGCUGGUGCUUCUUGAGGAUUUCUGCAGCACCCAAACGAUCUUGCGGGUUGGGUAUAGAGGAGCUGGCAUGUAUUCGACAACCUCAAGCGUCUAGUCUGGUGAGUGUUCACAGUUCAUCCAGCUGCAUUCUAUCUUUUGCUAUGUUGUUACGUACUACGGUCACCCGCUCUUUCACUUGUAUUAUAGCAACAAACAAUACUCAUCUUCACCUUCACUUC